AUGUUAUCACGACUACACCUCCGACGACCACCUUCCACGCCGUCAUCUCCCGUGCCCGGCCAAGCGAGCUCCUUGGACCUGGAUACAGCAUCCCAGCCUCCGACAGCUCCCGAUGGCCGACCACAGCCAACCAGAUCAGCUAGCUCCUCCCACCUUCCAUCCACCCUCUCGACAACCCCAAAACCGAUACCGAAUAUCAGCGACAAUGGAGGCAUCAGUGCAGCAGCUUCAGUUAGUGGAAUGCCUCUACAGAUGUAUCAGUCUGCCGGAAGUUCGGCCUCCAGCCAACCUUCGGAAAGUCACAAGUCGAGAACAAGGCAGGCCCCGCCGCCCAUCGACACUACCGCCGCUACUCGGGCGUCCUUGGCUACGAGACUGAGUAAGAUCUCGUCCUUCGUGACCCCAACCGACCUCAAUAGCAGUGGCCCUUUCGGCAAACGUCCGACGGGGAAGCGCAUGGCUAGCGAGCCAGCCACCAAAGCCAUCACCACCCCGGAAUCCGCAAAAUCCAAAAAGUCUUUGCCUUUCCUCAAGAAACACUCGGUAUCCAAUUUGUGGAUGAGGAGGAAGACUGCGCAAAACCCACCAGAUCUGCCACCUCUGUCCUCCUCGGCUGAGCCCACCUAUGACCCACGUAUCCGGGGCACAAAGGUCCACGACUUCAGUGCUCCUAGACCCAAACGGACGACGUCGCAGAAGGAGGCUGCUGUCAGUCCUGUUAAGGAGUCUCCAAGUAACGAUGCUACGUCAAACUCACAUGCAGCGGAAGCGAGUACAGGUAGCACAUUCGCGGGCACUUCACAAAUUCUGACUCCUGGUCUCGAUGACGUUCCCUUUUUCCCUUCAUCGGGGGUGCAGGUGACCAGGGGCAACAGUGAUGCGAGAUCAAUACCAGUAGAUAGCUUACCAUCACCGUCUCUUGCCAACUCUUCGCCGCUUGAACAGGAUGCGCGGCCGUCAGUACAGCUCAGGGAUGAUCCCGUUCCCGCCCAGGAUCCUUCGUCAUCGGUGGCAUCUCAGGACACUUUGACUGUGACCAGACCCGGCCCCAACGCCAACGCUUCAGUCCGAACCGCGACAUCACGCAACGUAUCCAAGCGAUCUAUUCGAGACUCUGCCUUGUUCGGCCUUCCGAAACACAUGAAGAGCACAUCGUCUCGGUUCAGUUUCGACAUGAUGGGCUCAGCCGAUGAGGAGAAGGCGUUGGAAGAACGACAUCGACAGCGUCAGCGAGAGAAGGGGGGCGGCGCCGCAAGUGCGCUGAGGCAAGAACACGAUUCCAGAUUUGAUGACCUGGAAGAGGAAGAUUUCGACUAUGACGCCAUGAUGGACGACGACGGCCUGGAAGAGCCGAUCCCCGGUGUUAAUGCGGAUUACGAGGAUGACUACAUGGAGGAGCCAAUUCCGGGGGCUAACGCGGACUACGAUGAUCUAGAGGAGCCGAUUCCGGGCGUCAAUGCUGGUUAUGAAGAGCUUUCUGGGGAAAGUCAAGGCAACGAGCAUGAUACGGAUUCAGACCCAGACAAUGAUCAAGAGAACUUUGCUGGGUUUGAGUUUCAACGAUCAAACAAAGGCUCCGGCCCCAUCACCCCCCGUAGCCCUCUCAUCGCUUCAACGCCCAGCAAUGAGACCGACCAGCCCGUCGCUUCAUCCGUAACGGAGAACAGUACUCCCGAUUUACCAAAAUGGGCCACGAUACCUGACCAGGCUGCUCCCACACCAGCUAUUCCAGUGCCACAGCAGUCAUCAAGCCCCGAAACUGCUCAUGCACGAAUCACUGCAGAGCCUGUUCCUAUCGGACUGCCACCGACCAACCCCACCCGCAGAGAGGAUGAUGGCGACAUCUACUUUGACAACGGCUUGGCAGAUGAACUAGACUUUCAGGGCGAUGGUACCCAUUUUGACGAAUCCCUCUUUGAUCUCGACGACACCGAUCAAUAUGGCCGCCCUAUCCCGGGUGCUUUUGCUCGGGCUGCUGAGCAGGCGCGGGCUCGGCAGCUGGCCCAACUCGCCGAGGCCAAUGCCGCAGCUGCCCCUGGUGUUGACCCAGCGCAGUCGACGGCUUCUGGCUCCAUGAAUGCCCUUGCGACUGGAGAAGACGCUUCUUCCACCCAGCUCCCUCAGAUGCCUACCCAAGCCAUGCAGCAACAAAUGUCGAUAUCUGGCCUUGAUCUGGCAUACCAGGCGGCCCUGGCCGAAGCGGCACAAAGAGCAGCAGAAUCUGGCAAGUUCCAGAGAAGUUCGUCACCUGACAUACCCGAAGAGCCUACUGUCAUGUCACCCACCGAUUCGGCCCAGUCGCACGACUUCGUACAACGAAACGAACUGGACGACUACGAAAACGAUGAUGAUUGCUUUGGCGACGGCUUAGACGAUUACGACUUUGACGAUGAGGCCAUCAUUGCUGAAGCGAACGCUAGUGCACUAGCGAACGACUCUGAUGGUUGGUACGGUCAAGAAUUCGGCUUCUACUCUGCUCCCUUGGCCCAAUCAGGCCAUGGUUACGGCAGUUCAUCCUCUAGUCGCAAUCCCCCGGACUCAGAGGACCCCUUCCAGUAUUCUUAUGGUGGCUACUUCGGCCCUGUAGGCGAGGGCGUUUUCCGGUCCAAGAGUGGCCGUGUCGUAUGUCGCGAACCUACUCUGACACCCAUCACGGAAACGUCCGAGUACUCUAACCGUAACUCCAUCAUGAGUCUCAACCUUCCGCCAUCCAUUGAUGCUCGUAACUCGGCAUCUCUGCAGAGUCCUACCCUCGCUCAACUGGCCCUCAUGGACGAUGACGAGUUUGAUUCGAUCAACAAGCUGCGCAGAAAAACGUGGGCAGGCUCUCAAGCUAGUCUUAUGAACUCCCGGGAGGGAAGUCCCAGGGCAGAAAGGGCGUCGUAUCUCAUUGACUCGACUGGUUCGCCGUUCGCUGCCACGGCUGGCGGCCAUUUUGGGGCGGGCCUUGGUACAUAUGAUCAUACCAAGAGAAGUUCCUACUCGAUGUUGAAUCCUUCGCAGCCAGAAGGUGAGGGAAGAUCGGUCAGUCCCACGCUUACGAACAAGAUUCAAGCGGUGACCAUGCCGAUUAGUCCUGUUCCGGGGUUUGUCCCACCCAAAGACAUGGGGCUUCCCCAGCAACAACCUUCGCUUCUCGGCCCGCCUGUCAUGAUGCCUACGUCAGCACCGCAACAGUUCGCGGUGGAAACAGGACUGAGAAGUGGACAAGGCUGUCCUCAAGUGGAGGAAAAUGACGAAGCCUUGGGAGUGGUGCCGGGCAGUUCACAGAAGCCGCUUCAAGAAGUUGCUGGAGUCAAUGGCGGAAUAACAUAUGAUUCGUUGGGAAGAAGGACGUCAUCUGUUGUUAAAGGUGUCGAACAACAGGAGCAAAAGAAGAAGGUGGUAGGAUGGGCAUAAUUUGGAUAUGUCCUUGUUGUUGAGAAGUUGAAUCAUCUGCAUAUAUACCUUACUACUUGUUGGAUACCAUAGGGGACAUAUUUCAAUGUU